AUGCUUCGUCAAUGGAGAAUGGGUGGAGCAAAGUCAGGAAAGGUCUUCGCAGUUGACAAUCCAUCUACCCUGGUCGAAGUCGCCAUAUGUCCAGAGUUUGACGAGAAGGACACCGAAGCCGCAAUCAAACGCGCCCAGGAAGCCUUCGUGUCCUUCAGAAAGACCCAGCCGAGGGUGAGAGCCCGGCUUCUGCGCCGCUGGUAUGAGCUCAUGAUCGAGAAUGCGGAUGACCUGGCACGAAUUAUCACCUGGGAGAACGGCAAGCCCCUAGCGGAUUCCAAGACGGAAGUCAACUACGCCGCCGGCUUCCUCGCUAGCAACCCCAGCUGUCGCAUCAUUACCCAGAAAGAACCUGUGGGCGUCUGCGGCCUUAUUAUUCCCUGGAACUUCCCUGCCGCCAUGAUUACCCGCAAGGCCGGGCCUGCAUUGGCUGCCGGUUGUACCGUGGUCGUGAAAGCCCCCGCCGAAGCCCCGUUGACAGCCCUCGCGCUAGCAGAACUCGCUGACCGAGCUGGCUUCCCCAAGGGCGUCGUCAAUAUUAUUGCCGCCCUGGAAAAUACUGUGGCGGUGGGAAAGGUUCUCACGACGCACCCCAUCGUCAAGAAGGUUUCAUUUACUGGGUCAACAAGGGUAGGGAAGCUCCUGAUGAACCAGUGCUCGUCCACUCUUAAGAAAGUAUCUUUCGAGCUUGGCGGUAACGCCCCAUUUAUCGUCUUUGAAGAUGCUGAUCUCGAUAUCGCUCUUCGCGGCCUUAUUGCGUCAAAGUUCCGUAUCUCCGGGCAGACCUGCGUGUGUGCAAACCGCAUCCUAGUACACCGCAAAGUGUAUGAUAAGUUCGUCUCAAUGGUUGUUGAUACCGUUGAGAAGUUCGAGGUUGGAGACGGUAUGGCCGAAACGACGACUCAUGGACCCCUCAUUCACGGUCUUGCCGUAGCCAAGGUGGAUGAUCACGUCAAGGACGCCGUGGCAAAGGGCGCUCGGGUUGUUCACGGUGGCAAGCGUCUCUCCCUGGGAACCAACUUCUUCGGCAUCACUGUCCUGGCUGAUAUGAAGCCUGGCAUGAAGAUCUGCUCUGAAGAGACUUUCGGUCCAGUCGCUGCAUUCUUUCCCUUCGACAAUGAGCAGGAAGCCAUCGAUAUGGCGAACGAUUCCGAAGUUGGUCUAGCCGGAUAUUUCUUCAGCAAGGACUUGAGCCGCUGCUGGCGUGUUGCUGAGGCGCUCGAAGUCGGCAUGGUUGGUGUGAACGUUGGUGCCAUUAGUGAUCCGGUCGCUCCCUUUGGUGGCGUCAAACAGAGCGGUUUUGGCAGGGAGGGCAGCAAAUACGGCAUCGACGAAUUCGUUGUCACGAAGAUGAUUAUGACGGGAAUUGAGUAG